GCAUCAACUGAGCCAGAUGCCAACAGACGGGCAUACGCAGUGUGGGUGUCUGAGAUCAUGCUCCAGCAGACGCAGGUGGCUACAGUGAUCGACUACUACAACCGCUGGAUGCAGAAGUGGCCAACGCUGCAGGCUCUGGCGCAGGCAUCCCUGGAGGAGGUGAAUGAGCUGUGGGCAGGACUUGGCUACUACUCCCGAGGGAAGCGUCUGCAGGAGGCAGCGAGGAAGGUGGUCUCUGAGCUGGCCGGCCGGAUGCCCAGGACAGCUGAGGACCUGCAGAAGCUGCUGCCGGGAGUGGGCCGAUACACGGCGGGAGCCAUCGCGUCCAUCUCGUACGGGCAGGUGAGAGCUGGGCAUCAGUGGACACGUCUCCCCUCUCUGCCACCCAGCACCGCUCCUGGCAGGAGCCCCGCGCCGCUCACUGCUGUUUCUCCCAGGGACAUGGCCAAUGCCCUGGUAGACAAGAGCCGCCCAGGGGAUUUUAACCAAGCCCUGAUGGAGCUGGGGGCAACUGUGUGUGUGCCCAAGGCCCCCCUGUGUGGAGAGUGCCCUGUGAAGCAGCACUGCCGAGCGCGGCGCAGGGUGGAGAAAGAGCUGGCCUUCGCCUCUCAGAAGCUGUUUGGAAAACCCACCCUAGUGCCUGAUGUUGAGGACUGUGGUGUUGGGGGCUGUCCCCUGUGCCCCCCAGCCACAGAGCCAUGGGACAGCAGCCUGGGGGUGACCAACUUUCCCCGGAAAGCAGCGAAGAAGCAGCCGCGGGCAGCGCGAACGGCCACGUGUGUGCUGGAGCGGAGGGGCUGCCAUGGGGCCCUGGAGUACCUCAUCGUGCAGAGACCCAGCUCGGGUCUCCUGGCUGGGCUCUGGGAGUUCCCCAGCCUCCCGCUGGCUCAGGGUCUGCAGGAGGAGAAGCAGAAGGAGGUGCUGGCAGAUCACCUCCAGGCCUGGACGGGGCGGCCCGUGGCAGCCGGGGGCCUGCGGCUCAUUGGAGAGGUUGUCCACAUCUUCUCUCACAUCCACCAGACGUAUGUGGUCUACUCCCUGCCCCUGGAUGGGGAUGUGACUCUGGACCCUGCCUUGUCCCCGUCCCGCUGGGUGACGGAGGAGGAGUUCCAUGCCUCAGCCGUGUCCACGGCCAUGAAGAAGGUGCUGAAAGCGUGUGAGAAGCAGCGUGGGGAGGAGAGCAGCCCUGGUAAGGGCUCCAAGCGGAAGCGGGGGGCAAAGCUGCAGGGAGCAAGCAGCACCCGCCCUGGGACGCAACUCUCCCUCCGCACCUUCCUCCGGCCACCCACCUCCCCGUGA